AUGUCGUCGUUGUUGUCUGAGGUGGAAAGUAUGGACACUUUGCCGUACGUGAAAGAUACAACGCCGCAAGCGAGCGAUCCGUCAUCUAGUAAAUUGCUGGCUCCAUCCAUAGAGGAUGUGGAUGCAAACCCCGAGGAACUAAGAACGCUGCGGGGCCAAGGACGGUACUUUGGAGUAAUGGACUACGAUGCCGAUGGUGCGAUAAUGGAAGCGGAACCAAAAUGUAAUAACUGUUCUCAAAGGGGCCAUUUGAAAAGGAACUGCCCUCACGUCAUAUGUACGUACUGUGGGUCUAUGGAUGAUCAUUAUUCACAACAUUGUCCCAAGGCUAUUAGCUGUUCUAAUUGUAAUGCAAAUGGCCAUUACAAAUCACAGUGUCCCCAGAAAUGGAAAAAAGUGUUCUGCACACUAUGCAAUAGCAAAAGACAUUCAAGGGAGAGAUGUCCCAGUAUUUGGAGGUCUUACUUGUUGAAAACUAAGGACAUCAGCAAUGAUAAGCUUGAUUUUGAAACCAUCUUUUGUUAUAAUUGUGGGAUUAACGGCCAUUUUGGAGACGACUGUGCAGAAAGAAGAUCGUCUAGAGUGCCGAACACAGACGGAAGUGCGUUUUGCGGCGAUAAUCUAGCUAUGGAGCUCAAACAGCACUAUUUCGACGAAGUGAAGAACCAUCAGAGAGAAGUCUCCAAAAGACAGAUGGUGGAAAAUGAGGACAACGACCAGCAAUUCAACUUCUAUGACUAUGAGUACAACGACGAUGCAUAUGACUACCCAGGUUCUAGGAAUUAUAGAGAUAAAAUGAAAUGGAAAAACAGGGCUCAAUCAUCCAGAAAUAGUAACAAUAACAAAAACAAUAGCUAUAACAACAACAACAACAACAAGAGGAAGAAGACACCAUUUAGCCCACACAACUACAACGUAACCAAAAAGAAAAAUGUGCAUGCGCAUCCCUUAGAUUUCCCCAGAAACCCUCAAAACAACAGGAUGAAUGAGUACCCAAGCCAUUCCAACUAUAACAGACAAGAUUUUCCGAGAGGACCCAAGAAUAAAAAGAACGGGCCCUCGUUUAAUAAGGGACAAAGAAGCGGACGUUAUUGA